GAAGCAAGGCCCGCCCCUUUCGCGUUGGGAUUGGCUCAGGGAGGCUUUCCGGUGACCCACUUCCGUUCCUUGCUGCUGUGGACUGUGGGCCGCCGGGGAAGGUGAAGGAUCUCAAGAUGGCUGGGCGAAAACUUGCUCUAAAAACCAUUGACUGGGUAGCCUUUGGGGAGAUCAUACCCCGAAGCCAGAAGGCCAUUGCCAACUCCCUGAAAUCCUGGAAUGAGACCCUCACCUCCAGGUUGGCUACUCUCCCCGAGAAUCCACCUGCUAUCGACUGGGCUUACUACAAGGCCAAUGUUGCAAAAGCUGGCUUGGUAGAUGACUUCGAGAAGAAGUUUAAUGCCCUGAAGGUGCCCGUGCCAGAGGAUAAGUACACUGCGCAGGUGGAUGCUGAAGAAAAAGAGGAUGUGAAAAGUUGUACUGAGUUUUUGUCUCUCUCGAAGGCCAGGAUUGAAGAAUAUGAAAAAGAGCUGGAGAAGAUGAAGAACAUAAUUCCGUUUGAUCAGAUGACCAUUGAGGACCUGAACGAAGUCUUCCCAGAAACCAAAUUAGACAAAAAGAAGUAUCCCUACUGGCCUCACAAGCCAAUCGAAAAUUUAUAAGCUUGAGUUCGGGAGAAAGCUGUGGCCCAUGUAUUAUAAACUCUGGACAUUAAAAGUCAUGAUACGGU